AUGGUGCUGAUGGCAGGGGUGGUACAAGUAGCAGAGGGAGCAGUGCCUACGAUCGAGAUGAAGCACAAUGGCGACAUUGGCGACAACUCGGCAGACAGCGACGGAGCCGAGAGCGAUGUGGUGUAUGGGUUUGGCUUCGGUGAUGGCGUCGACAACGAUGAUGACGUGAACAUGGGUGCCGAUGACAGCAGCAGGCGCGGAAGUGUGAGUCUGGCAGCAGCAGCAACAGCAGCAGACAAGAACACGAAGCCCCAUCAAGGCGGUCGAAGUGGUGCAUCUACACCCGUCUACACCAACAACAGCAACAUGACAGCCAGUGGUGGCGGUGGAAAACAGAAGCCGUGGGUGCGGCUGCCGCCCGACGUUGGCGUUGAUGUUGACCUUGGUAGCCGACCAGGCACACCAGAGCCGUCGCGUCGUCAUGGCAGCGGCGUUGGCGGUAUCAACAAGGCCCCGUAUGAGUAUGGCUUUGCCGGCUUUGAUGACAUCCAUUUGCCCGUCAUUCGUCGCAGUCCAGAAGCGCACGACACGGGGUCGCUUGUUGAACUGCCCGAGGACCGCGUUCGAAAUGCUCUUGAGAAGCAACCGAGCGAGCGAACAGACGAUGACGUCACCGCGCUGAUGCAAGAAAUGGCGCGCCUAUCCGCGUUUGCGUUUUUGCCGCAUUCUGCCCAGCGCGCGUUUUGCCAGCACCUCGGCUUCCGCGAGUACUGCGAGGACGGCGCUGUGGUGGUGAUGGGCGACGACGCGAGCGGGGCGUGGUGGGUGGUUCUGAGUGGCGCUGUGAUGGUGUGUCAGGGCGAGGAGGCAGCGAGACACGGCCUAGGACGCAUUGUUCGGGAGGGCCAGGCGUUUGGCGUGGACACGGGCACACCAGAGCGUGGGGAGCUGGUGGUGACGGGCACAGUCAACUGCCAGCUGAUCACGGUGACGGCGGACGUGUACAGUGCAGCCAUGGCCAAGGGCUCGCUCUCCACACGCGAGAUCACCUCCAAUGGACAGGUGGUGCUCGUCACGGAGCAACGCACGCGCACGCUGCGAGGGAAGGACAGCGGGAAGGGUGGUGCGAUGGGUCACGGGGGUUCACGCGCCAGGAAGGACAGCAGCGUGGAUGGCGGUGGCGACACGAGUGGGGACCACGAUGACGAGGCGAAGAACGUGCACGCGCGACGUGUGAAGUACAGUGUGAUCAUCAAAGGAGCACCAAAGCACUUGGUGGCGGUGCUGUUUGAACGGAAUGACCGCCACGGCAGACACCAGGAGCGCGAAUAUCGAGACAUCUUCCUUCUCACCUACCGCACUUUCGUCGAGGCCACCAGGCUGCUGAAUGCCGUGUCCAUGUCCUUGGAGGAUCCACGUGCCAGGAGUUACGCCAUCGCCGUCAUCACGGCAUGGGUUGAGCACUAUUUCAUUGACUUCCAAACGAGUGCACCGCUGUACCAGUUUCUGCUGGAUGUGGAGGUCAAGAUGCACACGUUGUUCCAUCAGGACCGCCACGCACGCGAUCUCGUUGAUGGCAUCGCUACAAUUCGGCGUGUUGUUGAAACACACGAGAAGCACAAGCACGUCAUCUUCCAGCUCCCAUCGAGUGUCGACGCGUCGCUGCUGCAGACGGCUCCACUCGCACACUCAUCGCUGAGCACCACAACGCCGCCCCACGCACACACCGCCAGCACUGAUGGGAAGAAGAAGCGCGGUGGGAAGGGGAAAGGUGGCAAGGGAGGCGGUCAAGGUAAAGGUGCGUUGAAGUCAACAGCGCAGACCGCAAAGACGCCACCACACAAGGGCGGUGGUACCAACACGUCAUCACCAUCAUCAUCGUCAUCAACAUCAUCGUCGCCAUCAUCAUCGCGCAGAAAGGGGAAGGUCGAUGCAAAGCACGUGCGGUUGUGGGAGGAAGCGUUUGGGUUGACCCUUCACGAAGGGAUGAACGUCACCAACACCAUUCUCAGCGAGUGCGGUGGUGGACACACGCCAGCGGUUGCGGAUGCAAGGCACGGCAGCAACACCACCCAGGGCACACGGUCCCUUGCGGUGUAUGUGUCGGCCGUUGCGAGCGGAAGUGUGGGCGAGUCUCUCGGGGUGACCGUUGGUGAUCGUGUUGAUGUCAUCGAACCGGAAGAACUGUCCGAAUCGCUGGCCACGUGCGACGAUGUUGUCAGCAGCCCCACCAUUGCGGAUAUGACACGCGUCCUGCUGACACACAAGAGCGUUCGCAUCGCCUUCAAGGCAGACAUUGUCGCGCUCACCAUCAACCAGAGCACAUUUGACCCUGUGAACCAUCAGGUGGUGCGCGUGUUCAAAUCGGACCUGUCCUCCCGCCUCGUCACGGUCACGCGCGACACAACGGCGCGCACGCUCCUGCGAGCUGUCCUACACCUGUGGUCCAUCCCCACCGUCGACCCGAGCGGGGGCAAGUGGGUGCUGUGUCGCAUCGUGUUCCAGCCGGAGGCGCCGCACGGCGUGUACAUUCACGCCAUUUCGCGAGCAGCAGUCGACCUGAGCGCACUGGAUGACGGAAGAUCACGACUCUAUGUCAUCAACAGCAGGAACUUGGAGUAUGUGCAGGAUGUCGCCGCACGGGUAGUGACGAAAGCGAUGGUGGUCGUGGGCGCGGUGUGA